GAACGGACUCUGCUCUCCAGAAACGCAUCCUUAUCAGUUACCCGCUCGCAUCAUGAAGCUCCAAAACUCCGCGAUCGCCUCCUGCCUCCAUUCGGCUGCUGCUGCCCUCGCCGUUCUGUUUCUAGUUUGCUGGACCGAGCAGGUGGUGUCGAAACCUGUGCACCUCUCACCACCACUCAAAGACUCAAAGAUGCACAAGGAUGUCAUGGAGGUGUCACAUGAGGCUCAGAGAAAGGAGCUGGAGGAGGACACUAGCAUCAGGCUGAUGCCCAGAGUUAACCGCACGCAGAACCACAUGGAAAUCUGCUGCCUCCACGCCAACAUCCUCAACUUCUACCUGAACAACAUCCUGCACAAAUACAGCAGUGAGCAUCCCAACAUGGACCGGCUGAAGACGAACCUCAACCGGGUCAGCGAGGAUCUGCAGACUCAAGGCUGCAACCUCACUCACUACCACGACCAUCGUCACACAGUCGAGUUUCGCAGGAAGCUAGAAAGGAUGGAGGACCAGCGCGGGAUCAACAAAGCGGUGGGAGAGACCUACAUCCUCUUCACUUACAUCCAUGAUUACUGCAUGGAGCCCAAAGCCGCCACCGACGUCAGCAAAAACUGAUUCCUCUGAGCUUCCUUCCAAACAUAUUUAUUUUAUUUAAAAAAAAUUUUGGCAGAAACUUUUGUACUUUUAUUUAUUUGACUAUUAAAUGACAGAUCAUAUGAAUUAUUUUUUUUUACUAUGAACAUAAAGCUAUUUAUCUGACGAAUAUGUUUUUUGAUCUGAAUGUUUAAUACCAGGACUGAAGAAGCUCUGGUGUUCAUGUUGCCUGUUACGGCCGGUUUUAUAGAAGAAAAGUUACAGUAUUUAAUGUAAGACAACUUGAUUGUGCUAAUCAAACUACUAGUUAGUAGUUUAUUUCACAGUUUUUCAAAUAAAGAAU